AUGGACGGACCAUAUGCUCGAGAAUUGGCAACUGCCAUUGCCGCCAUACAACACGGCGCCAAGCUUAGCCGCCGUGUUCUCGUCAAAGAUGACAAGGGCGUCGUGACAAAAGAGGAUCUCAGCCCAGUCACCGUUGCCGACUUCGCCAUCCAGGCCCUACUGACGAGCACACUGCACGCCGCCUUUCCCAACGAUAAAUUUGUCGGCGAGGAGUCCGCCGCUGACCUCCGCGAGAAUCCCAAGCUUCUCGAGUCUGUAUGGGCGCUGCUGCAGCAGGUCGAGAACGACAAGACCGCCGACUCAUUAUGCAAGCUGCCUACGUCACCAGAGGAGAUGUGCGACAUGAUUGACUGGUGCGGCCUUAGCGACCCAUCACCUACUGGCCGCUUCUGGGUGUUUGACCCCAUCGAUGGAACAAAGACCUUUGUGCGGGGUGAGCUCUACGCCAUCAACGUCUGCCUGAUGGAAGAAGGGAAGCAGAGCGUCGGCAUUGUCGGUCUGCCGCUACUCUCGGCCGACGCGAAGGCGCCCAUCAACAACGACUCCAUCGACCCCACCGGUACCGGCAGCAUCAUGUUCGCAGUCCGAGGGCACGGAACCUUCAUCCGGCCGCUUCCUGGCCCGAUCGACCUCGAGCCCACAAAGAUUCCCCGCCACGCCGACGUGGAUACGCAAUCCCUGGUGUCAGUGACAUGCAUCGAAGGCUCCGAAUCUGGGGCUCCGGGUAUCCACCAAAAAGUCGCCGAACGCCUUGGUGUAGCGUAUCCGGGCAACGAUCUGCUCGGCUGGGUUUUGCGGUGGACGGUUCUCGGUCUCGGUCAAGCGAAUUGCACGUUCUGGGCCUACAGGCGGCGUGACCGUCUCGCAAAGAUCUGGGACCACGCGGGCGCCAUGCUGCUUUUCGAGGAGGUAGGCGGGAAGGUCACCGACGUCGACGGCAACCCGGUAAAUCUCGUAGCGGGACGGAAGAUGAAGGCAAAUUACGGUUUCAUCGCGGCACCGCCGUCAGUCCACUCAAAGGUCCUCGAGGCAGUGAGAGAGACGUUGAAGGAGGAAGGUCUGCACGAGCUCUUGGGUUAG